AUGGCCGAAUCACUGCCCCAGGACCUCGAGCAGCACAUCAAAGCCCUGUACCAUGCCUACCGCCACACCCCCUCCAUCGCCAUAAAAGCGCUCUUCUUCUCCUCAACCUGCCUGCAAAGCUGCCGUCCCACCCCCUCCUACAGCGCAACAAGCCGCUUGCAAAUCGCGCAGUACCUGCAAGACGCCCAGCAGGCCGAGGUGCCACCUGAGCACAGUGCCGGGUCCGAAGGCCAUGUUGAUUGCUCAAGAGCAGGGCAUGUCACUGAGGGCAUGGGGAGAUACACGAUCCGACCCUUGCGUGCGUCUGAACACAAGUUCGGCGACACCGCGGCAACAGCGGCCCUUGGAGUGACACCAGUGGAGUUGAGCGCGAGAGCGGAGGCCGAAGGGUGGACUGGGAUGCGCGUUGAUCUGUGGGAUGAAGGGCCCGAAGCUGGAUUAUUAGUCAAGGUUCAGUAUUGGUGGCGCUUGGAGUCGCUGGGAGAUGAAAGCGAUCUGGGUGUUGAGAGGGGAGGUGAGGUUUGGAGACAGUGUCUGCAUGAUAUCAUGUACCUUGGGCCGAGAGAUGGUACCGAGGGUGCGGAGGGGUUAGAAAUACUGAGAUAG